AUGGAGGCCAAUCCUACCGGCCAAGCUGUGACGAGCGAGCGACAAGGGUCGUUGUCCAAAAGAUCCAAGAGAAAGUCGUCAAGAUCUUCUCAGGUUUUGAUGUGUAUCGCGGACUGCAAGUAUGACGUUGUCCGAGCAGCGGCCCAGGCGAAAGGUUGGAAGCUCGUCAACGAGGACCCUGAAGCAAGCUCCUCCCGAAAGUGCCACGUGUACUGGAUUGACGUGCCCGCCAUCGUGGAGCGAAUGCAACACCUACACAGGUGGCAACGCAUCAACCACUUCCCGGGUAUGUCCAACGUUGCGCGAAAGGGUCGCUUGGCGCAAAACCUCGACCGCAUGCGGCGGACCUUCCCCCACGAGUACAGCUUCUACCCCAGAACUUGGGUGCUGCCCGUGGAGUGGGGAGCCUUCAAGACGGAGUUCGACGCCAGCGGAAAGUCGACGCGAACCUUCAUCGUCAAGCCGGACAGCGGGUGCCAGGGCCGCGGCAUUUUCCUCACCCAGGAUCUCGAGCGAGUGGAAGCCACGGAGAGCCAGGUGGCCCAGCUUUACGUGCAAAGGCCACUCCUGAUCGAGGGCUUCAAGUUCGACCUCCGUCUGUACGUCCUUGUCACCAGCGUGAUCCCCCUGCGCGUGUACGUCUUUAAGGAUGGCCUCACGCGGUUUUGCACGGAGGAGUAUAGCCGGGCCUCUAGCGACAACCUUGGUAGGCGCUGCAUGCACCUCACCAACUACGCCGUCAACAAAGGCUCCGACAACUUCGUUGCAAACGAUCAGGCCGACCUGGGAAGCAAACGCAGCUUGCGCUGGCUCUUGGGCUGGAUCGCGGCGGAGCGUGGCGGCCAGGAGAAGGCGGACGCGCUCUGGCGGAAGAUGGGCGGAGCGAUCACCAAGACCCUCGUGUCUGUGCUGCCGACGCUCCACCGAGAGUACCUGCAUACGUUUGGCCACGACAAGGGCGUGCACCGUCCCGCUGCCACAAGUGCCACCAACACCACCGCCAACGUCGCCUCCAACACCGCCGACGCCAAAACCAGCGCCUCCACCAGAAACGUCGCUCGCAGCGAUUCGAACAGGAACUGUGACGCGCGGCCACCGGUAGGAAGGGUUGAGGCUGAAAAUACGGGAAGAAGCAGUUGGGACUCUGAUUCGUGUAGAACCGGGGAUUCUAUCCGCGACGGAAAUAUCGUCGGUCAGAUAAGAGGUUCAGAAGAGCAGCCCCCGCGACAACUGAGAGAAGACGAAGCUGCUUCUUUUUUCUCCAAUGAGGCUCCUGGCAAGGAAAAAACUCUGGAAGAAGUAGAGUCCACGUCGCCACGAAGCUCAAGGGGAGCUGCAGGAGCUACCGGUGCCGUGGAGAAGGUUAGUGAAGCUGGUGGCAGCGGGACCCGACCAGGGAUAGCAGAAGGUGGGGAGAGAUGUGGAGGAAAGCAGGCGCAGAGCUACGACAUUUCAGUCGAUGGUAACGGCAAGACUGUUGCUGGAGCCAACCACCGCCGCGCGCACGCUGGUGGGGAGAAGGGGGAAGGCAAAACCGCUGGUGACAGCAAGGGUGUGGUGGAGGGCUCUCGCUGUGUGGAGAUACUCGGGUUCGACUUCAUGAUCGACGCGGGGCUCAAGCCGUGGCUGAUCGAGGUGAACCAUCUACCAAGCUUCGCGACAGACUCUCCGCUGGACAGGCAAAUCAAGGCCCAGGUCGUGAGCGCGGCCUUGUCCGUCCUGCACGCAAAGGCGGACGACAGAAAGAGGUACGAGGAGACCGCCAAGAGGGACGCGCAGAAUAGACUGUACAACCAUGACGCCUCGGCGGCGGGCACGGCGCAGAGAGAGAAGGAGAGGAAGGAGGCCGAGGCAGCCGUGGCAAAAAUACGAAGAAAGUUGGAGGCGAUAUACAUGCGGUUCGCGCCGCACAAGCUCGGCAAGGUGGACCGCUUGCUCGUAAAAUAUGCCGGGGACGAGAACAAGCUGCUGCGGAUUGUUCGGCGGAAGUACGUCGACACAGGGCCGGGAUCGAUCCCGGUCUCGUCUGGCGAUAGCGAAGUCAGCGGACAGCAAGCUGUUGACCAUCAACCCCCGCCAUGGGCAUCGUCACCGACACAGGCCGACACGGCACCGGUCCAUGGGGGCGAGACCAUUCCUCUUGGGGAAGCCGCACGGGACGGGCACCGAUCUCGCCAAGCGCUCGUCAAGUCAAAGGCGAACUCAACGGAAGGACAGACAUCCGCGUGGGAGGAGCGUUUGGUUGAUGGCACCAAGCCCAAGCACGGAGACGUCCACUCCGAGACCUGCCCCCCUGAUGCCCGAAUACUUGACCCACCCAGGGAUCCGGGGGGGGGGGGUCCUGGAAAAGAGGAGGGCCCCGCCCCUGCAUCGUCUUCGUCUUCUUGGGCGGUACAGCACGAUUCGGAGCACGAUCCGGAAGCUCUUGCGAGGGAGACCGAGAUCCUGGAAGGCUGGGAACGCUUGCACCCUCCUCCGGAAGCACCGGCACCAACACGAGCACCAGUAGAAGAAGACUGUGUUGUUGGGCCGAGGAAGCCUUCCCCGCCGGCGGCGGCGGCAGCGAAGAGCGACGGCGGCAACGGCGACGGCAACGACAACGGCAGUAGCACCGUCAACGACGACGCCGGGCAGGAGGAGAGCAUCAACGGGGGAGACGGUUUCGGUGGCGGCGGUGGCGGCGGGGUCAGAAACGCCUGCAGCGGUGGCAGCAAGGCAGGCGCGGCGAAAGGCGGGCGGAGAAGAAGAAAGCCCGCAGCUACCGUGGAGUCGAUGAUCCAGCGGGCUUUCGAAGACGAUCGAAAGAUGACCCUCCGGCUCAAGUGCCCCUUGCAACAGCAACGAGGAGGGGCAAUGGACGCACAGAUCACCACGAAGCUCCCUCAGAUGGGGGCACAGCCUACGGCUACGGCAACGGCGGCGGGGGCGGUGGCGGCGGCGUUGACCACGGCGACCUCGGAUCGGCAGAACAACCGUCCAUCGCCAUCGGUGAUUCUUGGCCCUGAGCAGCGAGAAAAGGCGCAGCGGCUAAUGGAAGGCUACAGCUCCAACAGUCGGAGGAGCCUAAGCGCGCCCUCGGGAACAACACCCUCGACGGCUACACCGCCGGAGGAGGAGAGGUCUACCCUGCCCGUCAGUCUUAGGAUCGCUGUGGGUCGGGCCAAGAUGCACACUUUCGACUUCGGCGAGGUCACGGCCCCCGAGGAAGGUGUAAACAAGACGGCAUGA